GUAUCAAAGUCUAGCAUCAUUAGCUAGGGUGUUAAAUGGGCCAUAAAGACAGCUGACAAACUGGUGUGAAAGAAAUCCGAUUAUUUGCAGUACCGUGUUUGACACGUCGUUUUUGCAGAGAUUCGGAAGUAGUACGCCGACGAAUAUCUGUAAUUUGUUGUGCAUAUUUAUAACAAACAUUUCUAAUUUGUGGUCUACAAUUUUGGUGCCAAGUUGUACCCUUAGUUUACAGUGGAGGCGUCCAUCAUGUUAAAAUCUCCGGAGGAAGAAACCAAGGAAAGAACAGAAGUAGCGGACGAAAAUGUAGUGUCCCAACUCUUCAGAUUUUUUUCCGCAGUAAAAGAAAGGGUACAAGGACUCCUGCCAGCCGGACCGCAGGCGGAACCACGUCCUUGUCUAGACGCGUUGCUUGGGCCCGUUUGCCGCUUCAAGAUAGCGGAAGUGUUCUACUGGGGGAUCAGUGUAGAGGGUGUGGGUCACCUGUCCCUCCAACUCGACAAUGGCACCUACAUCAGCCACUGGCCCGAACAGAACAAGGGGACCGGAAGUUUGGCAGCUCUGGAGCUGCUCAGCUCAGCUUUGGAGUCGAAGGCCGACCACAUGGCGUCCCUCAGCGGAGAUGUCGAGACCGAGGAGAGACAACCCGAUGAGUCGGUGUCCCUCCCGGACGGUCUGGUUGACGAGGAGGACAUCUCGCGCUGGUGGAAAACGUACUGCAAGACGAGCCGGUACGCUUUGCUGUAUAGUAAUUGCGCCCAGACGGUAAAGUUGGCCUUGGAAGUGGGGGGAAUCGAGGGGCCGCCCUUUAUCGGGGUGGCCGUUACGCCGUUGCAAGUUUUCAGAUGGGUCAAGAGAUGUGUGAGGCGGUACGAGAAGACCAAGAAGAGGCGUUAGUUUCGGUGCUAAAUAUGAAGUUUAAAUUGGAAUUGAAAAUUUAAAUAUUAGGCAAACUCGUAAACAAUACAUAAAGGGUGUUAAUAAAGUCCGAUCCCAUGAA